AUGGUGCUAGUGUUGAGGUCUUCCUGGUGGUCUUUAGUCCGGUACCCACUUGCUGGUCGGUACCCACUUGCUGAUGGGUACCCACUUGCUGAUGGGUACCCACUUGCUGAUAGGUACCCACUUGCUGAUGGGUACCCACUUGCUGAUGGGUACCCACUUGCUGAUGGGUACCCACUUGCUGAUGGGUACCCACUUGCUGAUGGGUACCCACUUGCUGAUGGGUACCCACUUGCUGAUGGGUACCCACUUGCUGAUGGGUACCCACUUGCUGAUCCGUACCCACUUGCUGAUGGGUACCCACUUGCUGAUGGGUAUCCACUUGCUGAUGGGUACCCACUUGCUGAUGGGUACCCACUUGCUGAUGGGUACCCACUUGCUGAUGGGUACCCACUUGCUGAUGGGUACCCACUUGCUGAUGGGUACCCACUUGCUGAUCGGUACCCACUUGCUGAUGGGUACCCACUUGCUGAUCGGUACCCACUUGCUGAUGGGUACCCACUUGCUGAUGGGUACCCACUUGCUGAUGGGUACCCACUUGCUGAUCGGUACCCACUUGCUGAUCGGUACCCACUUGCUGAUCGGUACCCACUUGCUGAUCGGUACCCACUUGCUGAUGGGUACCCACUUGCUGAUGGGUACCCACUUGCUGAUCGGUACCCACUUGCUGAUGGGUACCCACUUGCUGAUGGGUACCCACUUGCUGAUGGGUACCCACUUGCUGAUCGGUACCCACUUGCUGAUCGGUACCCACUUGCUGAUCGGUACCCACUUGCUGAUGGGUACCCACUUGCUGAUCGGUCUUCAAACUGCUCGCUGUAUGUCCACCUGCUUCCCGAGCCUGGUGGGUAA